ACGCUCGCGCCUCUCGUUCCCCUUCCUCGUCAUAGGGAUCUUGGUGUCCUUGACUCCGGCUGCGUCGUUGGCAGUGUCGUCGCGCUUGCGCUCGCCUUGACAACACACGCGUGCUUGUGCCACCUUUUCCUGGCUGAGUUGGCGACCCUUUUGUCGCUGCCAUCGCCAUGAACUCCAUCAACACCGGUACCCCCGAAGUUGCUGCACCCAUCACCAUGAGCGCCAAGGAGGCUGCCGCUGCCGCUCCGGCCAUCGAUGAGCUUUCAUGGGAGCUCAACACCCUGGCCUUGAAAAAGGACGACCAAGCCCAAUUGGCAGCCUCCAUGCUCAUCCAUGCAGGCAUUUGUGAUAUCUUCCGCGUUGAAGAAGCCGACGUGCACCACCUCGUCGCCGAGGUCAUGAGCAAAUACAACGAGACCACCUUCCACAACUUUGCCCAUGCCGUCUCCGUCAUGCACACCCUCUACCUUCUCUUCAAGGAUAUCAAGGGCUGCUGGGAACCCUUUGAGGUUGUCACCCUCCUCAUUGCUGCCCUCUGCCACGACAUUGAUCAUCAAGGCCUUUCCAACUCAUACUACCAAAACAGCAAGAAGGCCAUCGGCGCACACUACGAUGAGAACAUCCUGGAGCGCCACCACAUCGCCACCACAAUGUCCAUCCUCACCGAGGGCCGCAGUGUUCUCAGCGUGCUCUCCGAGGCCGAGCGGGCUCGCUUUGACGAUCUGGUCGAGUUUGCCAUCCUCGGCACGGACAUGAGCUUUCACGGCACUCAACUCAAGUUUCUGCAAGAAGAGUACAAGGAUGGACCCCAGGAUCUCGAGGCUCUGAAGACAGACCCGGCAAAGCGCAAGAAGCUUAUGCAAAGCCUUUUGCACACCGCCGAUCUCUACAACCCCAUCAAGCCCUUUGAUGUCACACGCGAAUGGGCCAUUCGUCUGCAAACCGAGUUCAACCAACAGUGCGACCUGGAGCGCCAAGAAGGCCUGCCUGUGCUGCCUUUCAUGGAUGGCCGUGGCGAGACAGCUCUGGCCAAGGGCGAGACGGGCUUUAUCAGCUUCGUCGCCAAGCCCUGGUGGGAGGCCAUUGCAGCCGCCUUCCCCGUCGUCAAGCCCCAUCUCGAUACCAUCACCAACAACGUGGAAGCAUGGAAGUCUUUGAUUCCCACGGAGCCAGACACUGCCAAGUAGCUCUGCUGAGGGACGCUGUUCUAGUUCCCUUUGUCGUGCUUCCGUGCUGGUGGCUCAGCCUGCCUUUAUCGUGUGCCUUUUUCCUCCAUGCCAGUUACCCUGUCCGACUUGUUGUGCAUCCAUGUUUAUGUCCCAUGUGAUGGGCACCUCUCCCGUCAUGCGGGGCAAACAAGGCGUGUCGAGUCUGUCAACCUCGUCUCCCUUAUCAACCCGCGCUGUUCACAGCGCCUGAAUGAAUCAGAAUCCAAAGAGUACGCCGGCGCUUUGGCUGAGUGUGGCACUUUUUGGACUUGACCUUGUAACUUGUUCGUCCAUGUGCAACUUGCCAUCUCCUUUUCUUUGACCUUUGCCUUUGUGAUAAUGCAAGUCCACUGCAAUAACUCAUGCAGCGGCUCCCGCCGAUCCUGUCCCAGUACCGGCUGCGUGACAUGCAUCUAACCCACUUUUCCACAAAUUUAAUCGCUGCUUUUC